GCAUCGCGCGCGUCAGUCCAGAGGUGCGGUCCCUUGUCCUGGUCAAAGCAUCUGUCGAAUGGUUUUUCCUUGGACGUAAGGUACAACCAUUGAAGCUUCGUAAAUGUCUAAUAAGCGGAAACUGUUCGGCUCGGAAGAGCCGCGAACCAAAAUGAGCGGUUCUUUCCACCAGAUAAGCAGCGGCGACAAACGCGAGUCGGGCCGCGUUAAAGAUGCCAACCUGCGCCGUGUGCUCGACUCCGCAGCUCGAAUGCGGCGCCAGAAGAAAGCCGUCGACGGCCUCGAGCACGACAACUUCCACGACGACCCGCACGCCAAUCUGGUGAUGCACAAAAAGGCGCCCAAGUUCGAAGAAACCUUGGAGGCGAAGCGCAAACGCAGAAGCAAAGGUGAGCCCUUGAAGGCGCGCUUCAAGCGGAGCUUCAACGCCCUCUUGGAAGAGCACCAGGCCAGCAACCCGGAGGCGCCCAGUUACAGCCACGCCAACGUGCCGCCGUCCAAGCUGCCGCCGAGACACUUCUGUGCCGUUUGCGGCUUUCAGUCCAACUACACCUGCGUUUCAUGCGGUUCUAGGUACUGCUCCAUCAAGUGCUUAGGUGUGCACAGAGACACCCGCUGCUUGAAAUGGACAGCGUAGAGACCGAAGAACCAUAACCUGUUCGCGAAUUCUUACAGUGCUGCUACGAAGCGGUGUUACUCACGCAGGCCAGCCGUUGAAACACCGGACCUUAAGUUCGUGACCUCUGACGUGUGUGCUGUUGCCGUUAUUUGAGGAAGUAUACCGUAUGGCCUGGU